UGGAUGUUGUUAUCGUCACCAAAUGGAGGUCGACGAGGAAAAACCGCAGAUCAUUCCGGAGAACCCCAAUGAGACGGUGAUCCGUGAACGCAAUGCGGAGAUCGUUUCCGGCGGCAAUGUUUUCUACAAUCCCGUGCAGGAAUUCAAUCGAGAUCUGAGCAUCUCGGUUCUGAAUGUUUACUACCGGAGAUUGACCAAGGAGAGGAGCGAAAAGGCGCUCAAGAAGCAGCGGAAGAAGGUGAAGGAGGAGGAGGAGGAUGCCAGACCCACUCCCGUGCCCGAGGAUCCAACCGUUUAUGAGGCAGGCACGCGCUACGAGGAUGGACUUAGGAUCCUGGAGGCCCUGGCAGCCACAGGUUUGCGGAGCAUCCGCUAUGCGCAGGAAAUCGCCGGAGUCCGGCAGAUUGUGGCCAACGAUCUUUCCCGCCAGGCGGUGGCCUCCAUCACCACGAAUAUUCGGCACAAUAAGGUGGAGGAGCUGAUCGAGCCCAGUCACUCGGAUGCCAUGACCCUCAUGUAUCUUUCGACUCAAGCCGAGAAGCGCUUCGAUGCUGUGGACCUGGAUCCGUACGGAUGUCCCAAUCGCUUCCUAGACGGCGCUAUGCAGUGCCUAGUGGACGGCGGUCUGCUCCUGGUGACGGCCACCGACAUGGCCGUGUUGGCCGGGAAUGCACCGGAAGCCUGUUACGUGAAGUACGGAUCGGUGCCGCUGCGGAUGAAGUGCUGCCACGAGAUGGCACUGCGCAUCCUGCUGCACUGCAUCGAGAGCCAUGCCAACAGGCACGGCAAGUACAUCGAGCCGCUGCUGAGCAUCUCGGCGGACUUCUACGUCCGGAUAUUUGUACGUGUGCAUGUCGGACAGGCCCAGUGCAAGCUGUCGAUGAGCAAGCAGUCGUGGAUAUACCAGUGCACCGGUUGCGAGACCUUCACGCUGCAGCCCUUGGGCAUCACCAAGCCCAAUCCCACGGCGGGUAAUCCCCAGCAGCUGAAAUACGGAAUACCAACGGGUCCGGUGGUUAACUCGCAGUGCGAGCAUUGCGGUCACAGGCAUCAUUUGGGCGGACCCAUCUGGUCAGCUCCGAUUCACAACCCAGAGUUCGUCGAGGAUCUGCUGAAGGCCGUGCAGGAAACACCGCUGCAAUCCCUGGGCACCCAGCGGAGGAUCGUGGGAGUCCUUUCCAUGGUUCAAGAGGAGCUGCAGGAUGUUCCACUUUACUUCACGCCGGACAAACUGUGCUGUGUGCUCAAGCUGGAGAUUGUGCCCAUGUUGAAGUUCCGCUCUGCCAUCCUGCAUGCUGGCUAUCGAGUGUCCUACUCGCAUGCCUCGAAGAACUCGCUGAAAACCAAUGCGCCGCCUGCGGUGCUGUGGGACAUUCUGCGUAGCUGGAGCAAGCGGCACCCGGUGAAUCCAGAGAGGAUGAUUCCUGGCACUCCUUUGGCGGCCAUACUUGCGAAGGAAGGCACCGCGGACUACGAGUUUGACGAACUCCACCCGGAGGCCAACCCGAAGAGCCGUAAAUCGGCAUUAUCGCGUUUCCAGGAGAAUCCCACUCCGCAUUGGGGACCAGGAACCAGAGCCACUAUCAUGAUUGGCGACAAUAAACUGCCCAAGAGCUACCGUAACCAGAACAAGAAGCAGCGUCACAAGGCCUCGCAACAGCCGUCGGAGGAGGAGCCAAAGGAUGCCUCUCAAGCGGCGGAGGGUGACGGUGAUGAGGAGCACCUGGCCAAGCAGCCCAAGCUGGAGGCGACUGCGUGACAACUGCUUCCAUGUCACAAAUUUAUUGCCAAUAAUGUUUGUAAAACCCAAAAACACAAAACGGUAUUUUCACUGGGAAAGCAAACGCCUUUUGCGCAACUAAUAGCGGAAGAAGUUGCCGUCAGAGGUCUGGCGCGAGAAUCCGUUGUUGACCAGCUGGUUGUGGACGCCGCUGCAAAUUAACUUGACGCUGUGCGGAUGAAUCUUCUCCUUACAACCGCCUGGAAAAAUAGUUAAUUAUACAUAAGUAAUGUUGAAAAGUUGAUAUUAGUUAGGAAUCAACAUUUUUAUAGAAACAACAAUUUACUGGCUUUGGUAAAAAUAAAAUUUUGCAAUUAUAACUUUCACUGCACAUUGAAAUCUAUUGAUUGGAAUAAAACUAUCAAUUAUCUGAUAA